AUGUCGGAAAACGCAGAACCUUCCGCCCUCGCCGUCAUGACCAAUGGCACCCUCAAUGGCGUCAAUGGCGAUCACCCGCCGCGCCCAAGGACACCUCAGCCUCAAGGCAUGUCCUUGACCGAGUACAGCGCCAACCCGUCCACGCCCCCAGAGGAGAGGCGUAAUCGCAUCAAGGGUGUCGUGCCUGACGAUUUCCUCUUGCCCGAUGGCCACCCCGACUACCUCCGACUCAUAGCCGCUGCAACCUCGCGCGUCUACGAGGCCUGCAAGAUCACACCGCUCCAGCCCGCCGUGAACCUCAGUAAUAGACUCGAGUGCAAUGUGCUGUUGAAGCGCGAGGACCAGCAGCCCGUCUUCAGCUUCAAGUUGCGCGGCGCUUACAACAAGAUGGCCCACCUCGACCCCGCCAAGAGCUGGAAGGGCGUCGUCUGCUGCUCUGCGGGCAACCACGCCCAGGGCGUCGCCUACUCGGCCCGCAAGCUCAAGAUCCCCGCCACCAUCAUCAUGCCCGAGGCCACCCCCAGCAUCAAGCAUCUCAACGUUGCGCGCUUGGGCGGUCACGUUGUCCUGCACGGCGCCGACUUCGACGCGGCCAAGGAGGAGUGCGCCCGAAGGGAGGUGCGGGACGGGCUGAUCAACAUCCCCCCCUUUGACGACCCGUACGUCAUCGCGGGCCAGGGAACCAUCGGCAUGGAGCUGUUCGGCCAGAUCAACAUGGCCAAGUUGGACGCCAUCUUCUGCUGCGUCGGCGGCGGUGGUCUCAUCUCCGGCAUCGGCGUCUACGUCAAGCGCAUGGCGCCCCACGUCAAGAUCAUCGGUGUCGAAACCUACGACGCCAAUGCCAUGGUGCAGUCUUUGGCCAAGGGAGAGCGCGUGGUUUUGGACAACGUCGGCCUGUUUGCCGACGGCGCCGCCGUCAAGACGGUGGGCGAGGAGACGUUCCGCCUCUGCAAAGACGUCGUCGACGAGGUCAUCCAGGUCACCACGGACGAGGUCUGCGCAGCCAUGAAGGACAUGUAUGACGACACCCGCGCCGGUCUCGAGCCCGCCGGCGCGCUGUCCAUUGCCGGCCUCAAGAAGUACGUCGCCCAGAACCCGACCGACCGCCGGAGAACCAUGAUAGCCGUCACCUCUGGCGCCAACAUGAACUUUGACCGUCUGCGUUUCGUUGCCGAGCGCGCCACCCUCGGCGAGGGCAAGGAGGCGCUGCUGUCGGUCAGCAUCCCCGAGAAGCCCGGCGCGUUCGCCAACCUGAUUACCAGCAUCAUGCCUCACUCUGUCACCGAGUUCUCCUACCGUUACGCCACCGACGAGGUCGCCAACGUCCUCAUCGGUAUCUCCUUGACGGCUCCGGCAUUCCAGAGGACGCAGGAGCUGCAAAUGCUGCUGGAGCGCAUUCGAUCGCACGACAUGUCGGUGAUGGAUCUCUCGGCCGACGAGCUCGCCAAGAGCCACAUCCGGUACCUCGUUGGCGGUCGUUCCAAUGUGCCUAACGAGCGCCUGUACAUGUUCAACUUCCCCGAGCGCCCCGGCGCGCUGGAGAAGUUCCUCAUGACCCUCCGCCCCAAGUUCAACAUCAGCCUGUUCAACUACCGUAACUAUGGCGGCGACACGGGCAAGAUCCUGGCGGGCAUCCUGUGUCCCGACGACGAGGUCCAGGAGCUGGAACAGUUCCUUACCGCCAUCGGCUAUCCGUGGGAGGACUGCAGCGAAUCCGCCGUCUUCAAGACCUUCCUGCGCAGUUGA